UUCGCAUCUACUUGCUUGAAGUGUCAAAAUGAACGAAAUUGUCGUUUGAAGUGAAGUAAACAGUAUGGAUAUUUGCCAAUUGAGAAUUUCUUAAAAUAUGGUUAUAUUAUUAUAAUCAAACCGUGGAUUAACAGUGUUUAUUAAAACGGCCCAAUAAUGUGGCCAAUGCUUCUAAACAUGACGCACGACGAAUGUCGUCGAACGCUUCGCAGACUUGAAUUGGAAGCCUACUCGAAUAUGAUCAGUGUGUUUAGAGCACAAGGGGCUUUGGAAGACAACAGAAAAAAGUUGCUUGAGGAACUGCGCGCCGUUUUGCAUAUUAGCAGCGAUCGUCACAGCGCGGAGGCGCGACGCGUCUCUAAUGACGAGUUGUUGGCUACUAUUGCACAUCAGUUAACAGGUCCAAACACAGGAUUAGGAUGGAUCAGCGAAGGCAGAAGAAAAGUGCCCCUGAUGCCUCGCGGCAUUCCACAGACCGCCUACACAGAGAUUGCAGAUAGAGCGGCGGAAGCCAUCAAGGAGGAAAACAAAGAAAUUUUGAAGAAAUUAGAAGCUGACAAGUUGGUGGCUCCUAAAUCUAGUGAAGAGGAGAUGCCGGACCCGGAGGGAGAAACGGCAGAGGGGGCGCUGCAGACAAAUGACAUGAUGGAUGAGAUGCUAUACCCUCCUAUUGCUAUGGAAGAUCAAACUUAUAAACUUUGGGAGACUGAGCUUGUCAACCGAAAAAGAAAAAUACCUGAAGGUGGAUCAAUACCAGACGAUGCCACAAUACCGGUGAAAAAUAUGAGGAACAUCCCAGCUAACACGAAUCAGAAACAUCUUAAUCUGUCACAGAUUUACUCGAAAUAUUCACAGCCUGCAACAAGUAAAUCAUCAGGGCAAUCAAAACACUCCUACAACCAAGUGAGCAAAGUGUCCACAAGCAAAUCAAGUCACCCACACCAACCGCGGGCCCACAAACACCGCGCGCACAAGCAGAAGGCUCCCGGCCAGCGCCAGCCCAAGAAGGCACAGGAGAUCCCAGGGUCCCCCGGCAAGCGUUACCCGCCCGACUAUGCCGGACCACCGGGCACUUUCCAGGCUACCUAUGCUCAGUCAGUACUCGGCGGCAAAACCAAGCCAGACUACAUGGAUGAACUCAAGCCCAAAGUGCUCUCAUCACCUGGCAUGCUCACAGACUCCCCGACUAUGGCGCUACUGACCCAACCGGCUACAGUCCCGCACGAACUGGGCGUGUCCGACAGCCCCGACCCCGCCUCCCUCCAAGCCCAAACCCCGGUCUUCAAACACGGCGCGCCCAAACCUCACCAGCUCCUACUAAAGGGCCGCCGGCCGGAACCGCCCGCCGAUAAGAAACCACCAGAAAUGAAAAUCCUACAGAAACCAGAGGGAAUCAAAGUCCUCUCGAACCGUCAGGUGGUCGUCGCGGCGAGCUCUACUCAAAAGGCGAUUAAUCCGGCUGGAAAAAUCGUCACUACCAAGCUGAUAGGGCCCGUCACCAAACAGACAACGCCUGCACCCAUGUCUGAUAAGAUGAUCAUAGUAUCCAAACCUCCAGACCAUAAGAAUAUGAAUUCUAAGAUAAUCAUAACGUCGUCCGCUAUGCGGACCCCGAGUAAGGAUUCGGCACCGGUUGCGCCGCGCACGGAAACCUUUACGCCUAAAGGCAUCCCCGCCACCGACUUGAAAGUCUCCGCUAAAACCUUUGUCCUCAACCAAAAACCCGGUCAAAAGAUGGUCGUGUUACCCGCCAAGUCGCGGACGAAAACGGGGUCGGAGGUCCAGCUGCCGCUCUUGCAUUUCAAAGGGAUUCCGACUGGUAUGAAGUUGGUCCCGGUCAGUUCCCAAUCGCUCACUCCAGCCACUAAAUCGCCUGCCGUCACUGUCGUGUCGAAACCAGCCAGUGCGGUCAGUACUCCAGCACCAGUCACCAAGGUAGUAGGCGCGGAGACUAUCAAAACCGCCAAUUUGGCCGACAUUGUCCCAGUGAAAGGACUCACCCCAGUGUCCACCACCAAAAUCUCUAACCCUAUUGUAAGACCCGCGAGCGCAAAAGGCAGCGUCAUCGUCGUGCAAAAAGGCGCGACGAUAGGUAAAGCUUUGUCGUUUACAAAAAACGGUAACGACAUGUCAAAAAUAAUCAUGGGUAAGAACGUGAACCAGCUGUUACAAGCCUCCAAGCCAGAGCAGGCGGAAGCGAGCAAGUGUCCAGGCAACGUGAUCGUUCUAGAAUUAAACAAUGAUCAAUCAGGCCGGACGACAACUAUGUCGGAGAUCUUAGACAGUCGAGGCAGCGCGGCUCGCCUUUCCGACGAAAACAAAAAAUCCCAGGCGAUAACUCAGGACACACCUGUUUUGUUUGAUUCCCAAAUGUCAGAGGAGACAUGCAACGCGAGCAUAGAUUCUGCGUCGGAAAGUAUAGGCGACAUCGGACCUAUGGAAGAAUCAGGUUUGGCCAUUAUAAAAGAUGAAGACGCCAAAUCUAACUUUAACAAAGAUUCUGAAGGCGUGAAGGAUUCUUCGAGCGUUACCGACUGGGAGAUGGAGCUCGACACGGUGUCGAGAAAAGGGAAGGAUGAGGAAGACAAACUGAACUCUCUACACCUAGACCUGGGCAUGUCCAGCGACAGUGACAGCGAGUACAUGGUCGUCAACCGGAAGGCUAAGGCGAAGCACUCGCAAGAGACGAUACAACGGGCGACGCCCAGUGGGGAAAGGAGCGAAAUGUACAGUUCUAGCGCGAUGUCAAAAGCAACUCGAACGUUACUCAGCCAGCUCCAAGACGAGGGUUCAUCGAGCAACGACUCGUCGUUCGCGCUCAAAUCCAAAAGCGCGGCAAAGAACCCAGCGGAGGCGGACGCUCUCACCGUCGCCAAAGAAAAGUUGUCGGAGAAAGUCGCCGAGGCGCGGUCGCGCCACAAGCGCAUCGACGUAUUCAGCACCGCUAUCAGUACCAACGAUAUGAGUCUCGACGAGUUCCCCUAUCUAGAGGAAAGCAUCAUGGCCGACGAUGAGCCGAGCCCGACCGACAACAAACAGUGAAACAGACACUUUUAGGACAUAUAAUGUGAUGUGAAGUGAUAGGCGAGGGGUAAACUUUGUAUGACGUUUUUUUGUAAUUUAUUCUGUGAAAUCAUUGACAGUUUUGGCCGGUCUAUUUUGUGACAAUGUAUUACUCGUCUAUUCCCUAGGAAUAAAGAGGCUAAGUAAUUCGAAAUGAUUCGAGUUCAAAUCUCAUUUCGAUAAUGUACAGCCUUUUAAAGCAAGGAGUUGCACACUUGUUGUUAUUAAAUUUUGGAUUGUUUGAUAGCCCUUGCAUUUAACGGUAAUUUUUCAGAAAUAUAUCAACCGCCACUAUAUUUGAUAUACUCGUGUUGGUAUAUUUUUGGAGUGAACUAUAUACAUAAUUAUCUGUUAAUAUUUAUAGAUAAAAUAUAUAUUACUCAAGCAUGUAUACAAUAGUAUCGCAAUGCAUGAAACGACUGAUUUUCGCCAAUAACCCUGAAUCACAGAUCACUUAUUAGAUCCCGUACAGUUGCGUGUACGUUUAAUUACUCAUGUAAAUAACAAUAUCAACCAAAGUUGAGCUACAGGGGUAAGCUCGCAGCGACUUAUUUUCAAGUAAAGAGGUGUUUCCGAGUCUUCGUAAAUGCUUUAUAAUGCGCUCUGAAAUCAACUUAUUAUUAUACACUGUAGUUGCAAAUAAGGUAGAUAAAAUGUUUAUUCAAAUUGCCUACUCUAAACCUAUUUACAUAGAUUCAUUGCUAUUCAAAAUAAUUUACAUGAAAUCUUUUUACUUCGUUGUUCAACUUGCACGGUAGAUGAAGAUCGAUUGUAGUCAGUAAUUGAAAAAAAAUAAAAAAAAAUGUGCACCAGCGGUGUUCGUUACUAUGAAAUUAGUAUAAUGUCAAAAUUGUUUAGUCUUUUGGAAAAGGCGUAAAAAUAUUGUUAUAGGCAUCACUUGAAAAAAAAAAAGAGAUAAGAUGUUAGUCACUACCUGUGAUAUUUGAGAGAAGUUUCGGACCUCUCCUACUAUAGUUCGUUUUUUUAGCAUUAGAAAGAAAUCCACAGAAGUAAGCGUACAGUUUUUAUCAGGCUCUUGAAUUGUUAAUAAUUAUUGAAUUAUCUAAUGUAGCAUGGUCAAUACAUAUAAUUUACUUCAAAUUAUUACCGCUAAAAGUGCCGGAUUUGGAACCACAAGCUUACUUCUGCGAAGUUCUUUCUAAUGCUAAAAAAAACGGACUAUAACACUAAUACGUUUACGGAGGAUAAAACUUAACCAGACGGUUAGGAAAUUGCUAAUUUAAACCACUAGGCUUCAGUACUAACGGUUACUUUACUAGUGGCACUAGCAAUUCCGCACCCCAGUGAAGAAUAAAAUGGUUGCAAUACAAUUGCCCUGAUAUCUUACGUUGUCUAUAUGGGUGAAUCUUUGAGAUUCUCGUUUGAUACAAAUUUUGGCUGCUUAUUAAUUCGUCAAAACUAUCACCGUGUUAUGGGUUGAAUGUCAACGAACCCUUUUUAGUGGAGUUCUAGAACAUUUAACAGUUAUUUGCACUGUUAUUUGUUUUACAAGGGGGCAAAGUUGUUGUUUAACCCCUCGUGCUAAUAUUGAUAUCCGCGGAAGCGAAAGAUUCCAAAAAUGUUCACCACACCACCAUAUGAAUAAAAUGCAACUAUCAUAUCAGUGUUUGACGAUUAAAGAGAGGUUUUACGAGCUGGUGUGGUGGGAAUAUAUUAUUAAAAUUUAAAUUUAAAGUUCCUACCUUCAAGGGCUUGAGUUAACUGUCAAUAUGAAAGUUACAUAACUGUUGUUUAUACUUACUUUGAUUAUAGCGAGAUGACUUUCAUUUACGCUCAUUGGUCUGAUUAAAAAACAAUUUGGCACAUGUAUUUCAAAUCGAUUACUAUGUGAAUAUAAUUAUAAAAUAAACUGAAAAAAACCUCAUAAUAAAAUGUAUUUCUUUGCCCAUGUGCCCGGUUGCACAAAUGUUUUUAAAUUUACGUGUUAAACAGACACUUUUAGGACAUAUAAUGUGAUGUGAAGUGAUAGGCGAGGGGUAAACUUUGUAUGACGUUUUUUUGUAAUUUAUUCUGUGAAAUCAUUGACAGUUUUGGCCGGUCUAUUUUGUGACAAUGUAUUACUCGUCUAUUCCCUAGGAAUAAAGAGGCUAAGUAAUUCGAAAUGAUUCGAGUUCAAAUCUCAUUUCGAUAAUGUACAGCCUUUUAAAGCAAGGAGUUGCACACUUGUUGUUAUUAAAUUUUGGAUUGUUUGAUAGCCCUUGCAUUUAACGGUAAUUUUCAGAAAUAUAUCAACCGCCACUAUAUUUGAUAUACUCGUGUUGGUAUAUUUUUGGAGUGAACUAUAUACAUAAUUAUCUGUUAAUAUUUAUAGAUAAAAUAUAUAUUACUCAAGCAUGUAUACAAUAGUAUCGCAAUGCAUGAAACGACUGAUUUUCGCCAAUAACCCUGAAUCACAGAUCACUUAUUAGAUCCCGUACAGUUGCGUGUACGUUUAAUUACUCAUGUAAAUAACAAUAUCAACCAAAGUUGAGCUACAGGGGUAAGCUCGCAGCGACUUAUUUUCAAGUAAAGAGGUGUUUCCGAGUCUUCGUAAAUGCUUCACUUGAUAAUGCAUGCAUAAGAUUAUGUAAGCGCUGUACGCACAAGCCAUCCUAAAUUCAUCCUUGUAAGUAAGUAAGUAAGUAAAUACUCUUUAUUGCACCACAAAGAAAAAUAAAAUAACAGAUAAAUUAAAUCAGCUUGUUUCAGAAUAAAUUAAAGUUAUGAAUUAUUUUAUAGUUUGUGAUAAUCUUGUACAUAUAAAUAUAAAGCUCCAUCAAACAUGUAUAAGUAGGUGCCUAUAAGUGCGAGCCUUUGGUCGAUUCUCAAGCUCCGUAAAAUGAUGUCCAUCAUAUAGAAUCUGUCUAAGCUAACUUUGCAUUUGCACCGAUUUGUACUGAACAAAGUGAGGAAGUACCUAUCAUAUUUUCAUAUAGACAUUAAUUAUGUCAUUCUGAGUUAGCUUAGUUUGGACCAAGCUAAAACAUGAAGUUUAUAGAGUUAACUCUAUAUUAUUUUAAACAAGCAUACAAGUGCGAGAGUGACGAGUGAGAGAGCACUCGCACCAUACUGUACGAUUAGCCGGGUCCACUCAGAGCAAGCAUACGCGCGAGGUAACUGCCUCCCGCGACCCGGACCCGGGUAUUCUCACAAGUUUCAAGCGAGGUGCGCUCCGGUUCAGCCCGGUCUGUGUGAGUCGCACAUAUAGACCUGCCAGAAAAAGGUGGAUGCGUCAUUUGUUUUUCUUGCCUGUUACACACCACAAUACUUAACAACCUCCUGCCUAAAAUAGGCUGGUCUUUAACUUUGUACAUGAAUGUUUUGGGUGUUCCUACAUAUAGUACCUAUUUAUGAAUUUAUUGUUUCCUUUAUACCAUAGUUGUUGCAGUUAAAUUAUGA